AUGUCUCUCUUAUCUGAUCUUAUCAACUUGAACCUCUCUGAUGCUACUAAGAAGAUCAUUGCAGAAUACAUAUGGAUCGGUGGAUCUGGUAUGGAUGUUAGAAGCAAAGCCAGGACGAUCGAUGGAGUAGUGAGUGAUCCUCACAAGCUUCCAAAGUGGAACUUUGACGGUUCAAGUACUGGCCAAGCUCCUGGAGACGACAGUGAAGUCAUCUUAUACCCACAAGCAAUAUUCAAGGACCCAUUUAGGAGGGGCAACAACAUCCUAGUGAUGUGUGAUGCUUACACCCCAGCUGGAGAGCCAAUUCCAUCUAACAAGAGACACGAUGCAGCAAAAAUUUUCAGCCAUCCAGAUGUUGCUGCUGAGGAACCCUGGUAUGGUAUAGAGCAAGAAUACACCUUGUUGCAAAAAGAUGUAAAGUGGCCAAUUGGUUGGCCUGUCGGUGGUUUUCCCGGACCUCAGGGCCCUUACUAUUGUGGUGUUGGUGCCGAUAAGGCUUUUGGCCGUGAUAUUGUUGAUUCUCAUUAUAAGGCAUGUCUUUAUGCUGGGGUCAACAUUUCUGGCAUCAACGGAGAAGUCAUGCCCGGACAGUGGGAAUUCCAAGUUGGCCCUUCUGUUGGCAUCUCAGCUGGAGAUGAGUUGUGGGUUGCCCGUUACAUUCUGGAGAGGAUCACAGAAAUUGCUGGAGUGGUCGUUUCCUUUGACCCAAAACCUAUUCAGGGAGACUGGAAUGGAGCUGGUGCUCACACAAACUACAGUACCAAGUCCAUGAGAAAAGAUGGAGGGUUUGAAGUUAUCAAGAAGGCCAUUGGAAACCUUCAAUUGAAGCACAAAGAACACAUUGCUGCUUACGGAGAAGGCAAUGAGCGUCGUCUGACUGGCCGCCAUGAAACAGCCGACAUCAAUACCUUCUCUUGGGGUGUGGCCAAUCGUGGCGCUUCAGUUAGAGUUGGCAGGGAUACAGAGGCAGCAGGGAAAGGUUACUUCGAGGAUAGGAGGCCUGCUUCCAAUAUGGAUCCUUACAUUGUCACCUCUAAGAUCGCUGAGACAACCAUCCUCUGGAAACCAUAG